UUUCUCCUGUCAGAAGUUUUCAUUGGAUUCAUGGGAAACUCGCUGCUCUUCAUACUAUACAUGUACGCCUUCUUAAUUCAGCCCCAUCUGAAGAAGCCCAUAGAUAUGAUCUUCACACAUCUGACACUUGUCAAUGUUUUGAGCAUUGUGUUCAGGCUGAUACCAGAUGUCAUGGCAUCCUUUGCGGUCAAGCUCCUUUUCCAUGAUGUGGGAUGUAAGGCAGUUCUGUAUGCAUACAGUGUUACCAGGGGACUCUCUAUCUGUACUAUCUUGCUACUGAGUGUAUUUCAAGCCAUCACUGUCAGUCCUAACCAUUCCAAGUGGGCAUGCAUCCUUCUGCUUGUGGGCUUCUUUGUGUUUUUCUAUUUCUCAAACACCUUUGUUACCUUCUAUUCACUGCACAGACCUAAGAAGAGCUCAGUAUUGGAUCUGAUUAGUGGAGCUUUAUCUUCAGGCUAUCCAAUCGUCUGUCCUUAUGUGCUGAUGAACAAUAGGAAAAUUAUUUCCAAAUUCAUUUCCUCCCUUUCAAACUUUGAAUGUUCCUUUUCUACAAGAGGCUGUCAUGGCUAAUUUGAGAUCCCUAACCCCCAUCUGCCUUAGAGAAUUCUUUAC